UGCCGCUGCCGGAUUCCUACCGGGCGGUCGUGUCCGCGGUGUCACCUGAGCCUCUGGACAGGAGGAGGAGGAGACAGGAGCAGGAAGAGACAGUCGUCGGGAACAGGAGGAGACAGGAACAGGGGGACACCAGGGACAAGAGGCGACUUGAGGAUGUCUUUGGGUGACGAGGGCUACGUGGUCCGGAUCAGAGGAUUGCCCUGGUCCUGCACACAGGAAGAGGUGGCCAGCUUCAUUUCUGACUGUGACAUUGUUGGCAAAGUGAACGGAGUGUGUUUCACCUACUCUAAAGACGGCCGUCCCAAUGGAGAGGCAUUUAUUGAGCUGAAAACAUCUGAAGGGUUCAAGAAUGCCCUCUCCAAGGACCGAAAAUACAUGGGACACAGAUACAUAGAGGUGUUCAAGUCAACCCGUAGUGAAAUGGGCUGGGUGCUGAAGCGUAGUGGUCCUGCUGAUAGUGACAGCUGCAGUGGGUGCAUGCUGAAACUUAGAGGCCUGCCCUUUGGCUGCAGCAAGGAAGAGAUUGUUCAGUUCUUCUCAGGGUUGACAAUCGUGCCAAAUGGGAUUACUCUGCCAGUGGACUACCUGGGGAGGAGCACAGGGGAAGCCUUCGUGCAGUUUGCCUCAAAGGAGAUAGCAGAAAAGGCUCUGGGGAAACACAAGGAAAGAAUAGGGCACAGGUAUAUAGAGCUUUUUAAGAGCAGUGGUCAUGAGAUCAGAUCUUUCUUUGAGCUGCCCGGGCGGGGGAUGGGAGGCCAGAGACGAGGACCCUAUGAUAGACCCAUGAUGGGGGGCCCACGCGGAGGGUUUUUUGGACCGGGGCUUGGCCGUGGUGGGACUCAGAUGAACACCAUGAGGAACGGAGGAGGCUAUGGAGGAGGUUACAGCGGCUUUGACAAUUACAACGGUUUCGACAACUACUGGUUUGGCGACAUGUUUGAUGAGCCUGUGAGAGGAGAGAGGGGCGGAAGAGGGACGGGAGGCCACAGUUAUAGUGGUCAAGAUAAUGGUGGCUCAGGCUUUCACAGCGGCCAUUUUGUUCAUAUGAGGGGUCUACCUUUCCGUGCCACAGAGGGAGACCUCGCUAUGUUCUUCUCUCCUUUGAAUCCACUGAGGGUUCACAUCGAUGUGGCUCCUAACGGCAAGUCGACUGGAGAGGCAGAUGUGGAGUUUCGCUCCCACGAAGAUGCUGUGGCAGCCAUGUCCAAAGACAAGAACCACAUGCAGCAUCGCUACGUCGAGCUGUUUCUCAACUCAACCUCCAGCGGAGCAGCUGAGAUGAGUCGUGGCGGGGGGGGUUACUACAGUAACUCAGGAGGGGGUGGAGGCUCACGGAGCAGCGGGCUGCGAGGUGGUUACUGAUGAAGUCGUCCCUCUUCUGAUCCAUCCUGGCGUUUGUUUCACAUCUCUUCAGCCCACAUUUACUCAGUUCAAGUUUCUAAGCAGGAAUACUGAUACAAUCACUAGUUAAUUUUGUUCAAGCUACUGUGGGGUUCAAGUAUAACUUCACCUUCACUACAAACAUAGCAAAUGUGACUUUAACAAGCUAUUAUUAUCAUACUAUUAUCUCACCAUUCCUAAAAGCACAUGAAGAACAAAUCAUCUUGUAGCUGUUGCUGGUGCUGAACAUGAAGGAUGGUUAUUUCUAAAAAAAAAAGUUUAAUUGGAUAUUGUUUUAUAGUUUUUCAUAGUAAUAAUAACCAGUUUUUGAAUUGGAUUGAAAAGGCAGAAACUAAAUGUUUGAGUUUUUCAACAUUUUAUUGAGAUGCACUCUAAUGUAUAUUGUUCCACAUCUCACUUGUUGUUAAGAGAUGUAAAUCAGUGCUGACUCAGGAUCAUGGAGGAGACAUGCAUUCGGUGUGAUAGAAAUAAGUUUGUGAAUAUCGCUGCACUGUUAGAACGGAUCAUGGUCACUUGAUGACACUUUUAGGUGAUUGAUGGUCUUUAAGAGGCCAAGCAGGGAAAAGCAAAGUCAAAAACAAGCAGCUGUAGGUAAAACUUUCCUUAUUAUAAAAGCACUUUUAAAACAUUUUUAUUCCAGUAAAAGCUUCUUUUCAACAUAAUAAUUAACCAUUGUCUCCACCUGAUUUCACACCAGCUUUCCUGCUUUGAAAAGUUAGAUAAAUGUGAGCUAUUGUGUUAUUUUUAAGAAUAUUUUCAGUUCAUUAAAUAAUUAAACUAAGUUGAAUAUUAUAUUCUGCUCUCAAAGAGUGGAAGUGAAAUAAAGGUUCUUUAUUUGAGCUGUAAGAUGCUUGUGCAGCUGUUGUACAUUUUGCCUAAUACAUUUUAUAUUUAAUUCUCCGCGUGUCUCCCUGACUGACAUGUUAUUGUAUAAACAUCAAGUUUUUAAAAACUCUGCUUAUGAGGUGUGUAAUGAAGAAAUGAAACAAAUGAGACUUGACUGAUUUAAGCUGGACAACAGUAGCUAAAUGUUUAACAGUGGGAAAUUCCCCUCCAUUGAAAUGACAGUAACCAACACAAAUCAUCACAAUAUCUUGAUUUAAUCUGAAUCUGAUGUAGUCAAGGCAACAUACUGUUGGCACUAGAGCUGACAUUAAAGUGGCAGGAUUUAGAAAGCUAAAGGGCCACGGUGAUAAUCAACACUAUGUAUACACAACAUACAGUCGUAUUAACACUGUACAAGUCCCACUGAAAGCUGGGAGAUUUGGAAGAGCAAUGCUGCGCUCAGUGUUUCAGCCCCAAAGACUUCAGGAGCAUUUCCUUUUUAUGAUUACAUGAUCAAAUGUGAAAUGAUUUAUAAAUAUUUUUGACAAGAAAAACAUUUGAAACUGAAAUCAACCCAUGUCUGUUUUAUCUCAUGGCAAUGAAUACUUACUGUUCUUUAAAAAAAUGUGCAGGUUGUAAACAUCGUGUAAGGGUACAAAACGAGAAUGUGCAUUGGAAACUCAUAAACUGCCACAAACACAGUCAUCAGCUUCACAACGUGUCACAAUCUUUCAAUCCUGAUUUAAGAUAAAGAAAACAUUGUGUAGAAUUUCAGACUUGACUUCUCAGGAAUGGAGCAACAGUCAAAUAUGGUUCUUCCACAACAGAUAACAUCUAAACUCAGGUUAACAGGGUAAACUCAAAACAAGUUCCCUGGACUCAUGAGUAUAAAACAGAAUUAAUUAUAAAUACAUUAAAAUUAAUCUAUCUAUAUUACAAGUAAUAUAUAUGAUUGGAAAGUGUUCAAACAUACUUUGUGGCUUUGUCUUCACUAACAUCAUCAUUGGUUCAAAGAGACAGUUGUAGAGACUGACUGAUUAAAUCAGUUACUAAGUAUGUGGUGAAGACAUCUGUUGCUACGCUUGGUCCUUUAGGCAGAAUCCAUUAGUUUGUCAAACAGUGACAUUUGCCUUUAAUGGAGACUGCUUGCCUGGCUAGUAUAAGCUAGUGUUGCUACAGUUACAGGGCAAAUUUUGGCAACAUGUAGAUAAUAUUCAUUGCAUUUAAACAGGCACAAUUAGCACAGCAAACUGUGUUUAAAAAAAAACAAACAUCUUUUAGUUCCUUUGAAAAGGUGUUAAUGGGGAACUAGUCUGGUUCUGGCAGCAACAGAGCGAAUGAAUGUUCCUGGAACUCGUGUCUCAUUACACACUGAACAUUUAUGAGGUUGCAGGUGUCAGACAAAAACACACUGAGGCCCUUGAUGAUGGCAGAAACAAAAUAUAAUCACGAUGCUUUCUGAAACAACUGCACUUAAAACAUUGAAAACAAAAUAAUUUAAGUCAUUUUGUGGCACAGUUCAGAUUUGAACUUGAGUGAAUAUAACCAGUUAAAAGUUGUAUUUAACCCGGCAGGUUGAUUCAGUCUGUUGUGUCAGUGUUAACGCUGCGUCACGAUUUGUGUCACUUCUCAAAUAAAGGUGAUCUGGAGUCAGAUUCAACAGUAACAAGGCCACCGUACGGUGGGUAUAUAAAUUAUAUAUAAUCUCAUGUAAUUGGCUGCUUGAUGCGUGUAAUAAAACAUGUGAUUGAAGGUU